AUGUACACUAUUGCCGGCCGCCAGGUCGGAUCGCACGUCCUUGCGAUCGCAACCCUAGUCACAACCAUUGGCGGCGCCGUCAUCGCUACGAGCGGCAAGAAGACCGAGGAGAAGAGCCAACCCCCGAUCAACGCGAAGAGCCCAGCGGAGGAAAGCUUCGUAAAGGAAUACGUGAAGAAGGCCGCCGAGAAGGUACAGGGACAUUAA